UCACUGUUAUGGCACAACACAGGGAGCUUCCAUCAGAAGAAGAACCACCUCCUUACACAGACACACACACACAUUCAGAGACACAGCAAAGCACGAGGCAGGCAAGGACUGUCAGAUGAGCUCAUUCUCGGUGUGAGACUGAGAGGAGAGCGUGAAGAAUUUAAGGGAAACACCUGCUGUCUACUUUCCUGUGUGUCUUGUGUUUUAAUGAGAGAAGACAUGCCUGUCCUCUCAGCCAACAUGGGCCUACAUGAGAUUCUAGCAUUGCUCACAUCUCAGCUGCACCCUGGAGCAAAUCACAAAGAGGACCUGGUGUUCCUCCGAGAGGUUUUCAGUGAGAGGAGCCUUGGCUACCUAAUGAGAAUUCAUGACCGUCUCAGGCAGUACGAACAGCAGAGUCCGACGCCCGUGUUCCACAGUGCUGCCUGCCUUGCGGAGGAUGUGGCUGAGGAGCUGCAGAGUGGGCCACUAGAAGGAGAUGAGAAGGAGCUGCUUACGCUUCUGACUACUCCACAUGUGAAGGCUGUGCUAACUGUUCACGACACAGUAGCACAAAAGAACUUUGACCCUGUGCUGCCUCCACUGCCUGAUGAUCUAGAUGAUGAACUGGAGGAGGAGUCGAUCAAAAUUGUUCGUCUAGUGAAGAGCAAGGAGCCUCUAGGGGCAACCAUCCGCAGGGACGAGGUCACUGGAGCAGUGGUGGUCGCUAGAAUUAUGAGGGGUGGGGCUGCUGACCGCAGUGGGCUGGUGCACGUGGGAGAUGAGCUCAGGGAAGUCAACGGAAAUCUCAUCACCCACAAGGGGCCUGAUGAGAUCAGUCAAAUCUUGUCUCAGUCUCAAGGCUCCAUUACUCUGAAGAUAAUCCCUGCUAUUAAGGAGGAGGACAAACACAAGGAGAGUACGGUCUAUUUAAGGGCCCUAUUUGACUACACCCCAUUUGAAGACAAGGCCACACCCUGCCAAGAGGCAGGACUUCCUUUUCAGCGAGGUGACAUCCUGCAGGUGGUGAGUCAGGACGACACGACAUGGUGGCAGGCCAAACGCGUGGGUGAUAGCAACCUGCGUGCUGGUCUUAUACCAUCAAAACUCUUCCAACAGAGGCGCUUGACACAUCAGCUGAAAACUGGCACUUACCAGAGUCCCAAGUCACCAAGUGCAACACCCCCCUAUGACCAGGCUUGUGAUAAAGAGGACUGUGACUGUGAGGGCAGUGGACAACACAUAGUUUCUCCAAAGUGUAAGGCGGUGGCACCCACCUGUGGUCAGGCCUUUUCCUGGGAAUUCUAUUCAGCAAGUCUUAGAAGAAGUUUCCGGUUAAGUCGCAAGGAUCGACACAGCACUCCUAAAGAUUCUCAGCCUGCAGAAUCCGGAGAAUCCAAGUUUCUUGUUUAUGAAGAGGUCACACGCUAUCAGCAGAAGCCUUCAGACAAACCCAGACUGGUGGUGUUAAUCGGGUCUCUGGGUGCUCGAAUCAAUGAACUGAAACAAAGAGUAAUUGCUGAGAACCCCCAUCGAUAUGGAAUAGCUGUGCCACACACCACUCGACCCAGGAAGAGCCAUGAAAAAGAGGGUGUUGAUUACCACUUCAUCUCAAAGCAGGCCUUUGAAGCAGACAUUCAAAGUAACAAGUUUAUUGAGUAUGGAGAAUAUAAGGAUAACCAAUAUGGAACGAGUUUGGAGUCGGUUCGGAGUGUAUUGGCCAGAAAUAAGAUGUGUUUGGUGGAUGUUCAACCUGAGGCUCUAAAAAUCCUUCGCACAGCUGAGUUUAAGCCGUAUGUGAUAUUUGUCAAGCCAUUCAUCCCUGAGAGCCUCCACCACUGCAGCAGAGCCACAUCACCAUCAGGAGGCGACAGCGGGCUCACGGAGGAAGAGCUUCAGGAGAUGAGUCAUUCAGCCGAGCAGCUGGAGCUGCAGUACGGCAACCUGGUGGAUCGGGUCCUAGUGAAAGAAGACUCCACCAGCGCUUGUGCAGAGCUCAGGAGCAUCCUCGAGCAACUGGAGAGGGAGACACAAUGGGUUCCAGUCAGCUGGGUCCGAUCAUGAAUCCUUUCUCUCUCUGUAACAUGUCCUUCCCUUAUUUAUCUGUGUGGGUUUCCUCCUUGUUCUAUGGUUUCCUUCCACCGUCCAUUAACAUGCCAGACUGUCAGUAGGUUGGUCGUGUUUGUUAAAUUGACCCAGGUGUGAAUACGUGAGCCAUCCAGUGCUCCCUGGGUAGGCACCGCAGUAGGUAGCAUACAUCCCAAAAAGUGUCCUAUAUUACCUGACAUUUUUCCUCCCAAAUAGAAAUACAUGAGUUGUGUAAUCAGAGCAGAACUGCAGGAUAGGAACAGAGGCAGCCCAGCUAAUGGUUUAACAGCCUUAGCUACAAUCCUGACUUUUAACAGCACAAAAGGACAUGGCAGUGUAACAUAAAAGAGAGGUAGUAAAAAUCAGAGUGAGCAUGAACACUGAACUUUCUGUUAAUUAUUAGUUAAUGAAGCCAAUAAUAAAAUUCCAUUGUUUUGAAAUAAGAUACGUGCACAAACUUACACACAUUAUAGUCGCUUUACUGAAAGAAAAUUUGAUGUGAAGCCAUUAUUGUUGUCAGUAAAUACAUUUUCAUGCUUCUAUAAAUAAUAAAAAAUAAUGUUAUAUUGAACAUUGAAUGUCUUAGCUGUUCUCUACAUGAAGACUUCUAUAUGAGAGGUCAGUGCUAAUCUGUCCAUACGAUGAA